UUCCACUACACUGUUAUUCACGAACAAUGGCCCCUUAUUUUGAGACUGUCAAAUCUUUUACGGACGUUCCUGUCACCGACGCUGGCGUCGACACCAUCACUUUCCUCGAGGCUGCUCAGGGAGUAGUUAACCUAUUUGAUCUCCUUGGCUCUGCCGCUUUCGCUGCUGUGCAGAACGACCUGAAGAGCAACAUUGCGAAAGUCCGCGCGCGGUACGACGCCGUGCCCGACCAGUCUGGAACCCUCGAGCUGCUUGUGGAGAACGAGAAGGGCGAGAAGAAGCGCACCGCGACCGAGGGCCUGCUCUGGCUCCUCCGAGGCCUCGCAUUCACGUGCAAGGCCCUGCAAAUUGCCCAGGCCAACAAAUCGACAGAGCUCUCUACCGCUUUCAGCGAAUCGUACAGCGCGACCCUGAAGAAGUAUCACAACUUCGUGGUUAAGGGUGUCUUUGCCGUGGCGAUGAAGGCUUGCCCAUACCGGGCAGCGUUCUUCGAUAAGCUCGCCGCGGAUCCUGCAGGCGGGCCUCCAGUCCCUCAGGAGAAACUCGACGAGGAGCUCGACAAGUGGCUUGCUGCUCUGGAUUCGAUCGCCACGAGGCUGCAGACCUUCUACGAUUCAAACGACUACGGCAAGGGCUUUUAAUAUGGUUGCAUGACGUUUCGGGGAACUGACCGCGUAUCUGUGUGGAUGACGAUACAUUCACAAAGUGCGUUCUAAACGUGUAAUUGACUCGGGGGUUGCACUUGCUUAGCUACGAGCGGAAUCAACAUAUGCAUCGAGUGCUCGUGAUCAG